AUUCUCUAUCUGCUUCACUUCUCUCCCAGGAUAUCCAGUACACUGACAUUGACUAUAUGGAAGAUAAGAAGGACUUCACUUACGAUGAAGUCAACUUCAAAGGCCUCCCUCAGUUCGCUGAUUACCUGCACGAGAAGGGACAGAAAUACAUUCUUAUAUUGGACCCGGCAAUAGCCACCAGUAAGAGGAUCAACGGGCCGUAUGAGGCCUAUGACCGAGGAACACAGAAGAACGCUUGGGUCACUGAGGCUGAUGGGAAAACACCUCUAGUGGGAGAGGUAGGUGGGGAGGGAGGUGGUGGAGGUGGAGGUGGUGGUGAUGGUGAUGGUGAUGGUGAUGGUGAUGUGCAUGUGCAUGUGUCUGUGGGUGCUUGAGUGCGUGUGAGAGAG